AGUGGCGCCAUUCUCAUGAGCCUUGUGUGAAACGGUGACACCCGGACACACACGCCGAUUCACACAGUCGUACUUUAAACUUAAAGCCCUAGUAGUAGAUCAACUUGAAUCCUAGCUAGUAAUCGAUGGGGAGCCGUAAUUCAUUUUCGAGGAUAUUGAAGACAUUAGAGAAGCAAGGCGGUGGUGAAUUCGGCAAAUACUACAGCUUACCUUCUCUCAGUGAUUCCAGAAUCGAUUGGCUACCAUUCUCGAUUAGAAUACUUUUGGAGUCUGCAAUCCGUAACUGCGACGACUUCCAAGUGACAACCAAGGAUGUUGAAAACAUUCUUGACUGGGAGAAGACUUCUCCAAAAAAAGUUGAAAUACCAUUUAAACCUGCUAGAGUUCUCCUUCAGGAUUUUACUGGUGUUCCUACAGUUGUUGACCUUGCGGGCAUGCGUAAUGCUAUGAACAAGCUCGGUGGCGAUCCUAGUAAAAUUAAUCCAUUGGUUCCAGUGGACCUUGUGAUUGAUCAUUCAGUCCAGGUUGACGUGUCAAGAUCAGAAAACGCCCUACAGGCCAACAUGGAACUUGAAUUAGAACGAAAUAAAGAAAGGUACUCUUUCUUGAAAUGGGGUGCAAACGCUUUCAAUAACAUGAUUGUUAUUCCUCCAGGAGCCGGGAUUGUUCAUCAGGUGAACCUUGAAUACCUUGCAAGAGUCGUAUUUAACACAAACGGUAUUUUGUAUCCGGAUACUGUUUUUGGGACAGAUUCUCAUACAAGUAUGGUAGAUGGAUUAGGUGUUGCGGGGUGGGGAGUUGGUGGAAUAGAAGCUGAAGCUGCAAUGCUUGGUCAGGCGAUUAGCAUGGUUCUUCCAGGUGUAGUUGGGUUUGAGCUAUCUGGAAGUUUGAAAAAUGGAGUUACAGCUACGGAUUUGGUCUUGACAGUGGCUAAAAUGCUUAGACAACAUGGGGUUGUUGGUAAUUUCGUUGAGUUUUAUGGUAAAGGCAUGAGUGAAAUAUCGUUACCAGAUCGUGCAACAAUUGCAAACAUGUCUCCUGAAUAUGGUGCAACCAUGGGUUUCUUUCCUGUGGACCAUGUCACACUUCAAUAUCUAAAGCUAACUGGCAGAAGUGAUGAUAUGAUAUCCAUGAUAGAGACGUAUUUGCGGGCAAACAAGAUGUUCAUGGAUUACAGUAAGCCUGAGAAGGAGAUGGCAUUUAGUUCUCAUUUGAAGUUGAAUCUUGAAGAUGUGGAGCCCUGUGUGUCUGGACCAAAGAGGCCUCAUGAUCAAGUUCUUCUGAAAGAUAUGAAAGCUGAUUGGCAUGCAUGCUUGGAUAGGAAAGUUGGAUUCAAGGGAUAUGGUAUACUAAAAGAGGACCAAAGCAAGAUUGUGAAGUUUGAAUCGGGUGGGUUGCCAGCACAACUUAAACAUGGAGAUAUUGUAAUCGCAGCCAUCACGAGCUGUACAAAUACAUCAAAUCCUAGUGUCAUGAUUCACUCUGGUUUGUUAGCAAAAAAAGCUUGCAAUUUGGGGCUUGAGGUGAAACCGUGGAUUAAAACGAGCCUAGCCCCCGGUUCCAGAGUUGUGACGAAGUAUCUGGAGAAAAGUGGAUUGCUGAGUUAUUUGAAAAAGUUGGGCUUCCAUAUUGUUGGUUAUGGAUGCAGCACUUGUAUUGGCAAUUCUGGUGACCUGGACGAAUCGGUGGCAUCUGCUAUUUCUGAAAAUGACAUUGUCACUGCAGCUGUUUUAUCUGGAAAUCGUAAUUUCGAGGGCCGUAUACAUCCACUUACAAGAGCAAAUUAUCUCGCUUCUCCUCCCCUCGUUGUUGCAUAUGCUCUUGCUGGCACGGUUGACAUUGACUUUGAGACGGAACCAAUUGGAGUAAGUAAAGACGGGAAGGAAUUCUUUUUGAGGGACAUUUGGCCAUCUAGCGAAGAAGUAGCAGAAAUUGUGCAAUCUAACGUGUUGCCCGACAUGUUUAAAUCCGUGUAUGAAACAAUAACUGAAGGGCACCCAACAUGGAAUGAUUUAUAUGUAGCUUCAAACAGGUUAUACGAAUGGGAUCCAAAAUCGAGUUAUAUACGUGAACCUCCUAAUUUGAAAGAUAUAAGUGUUACCCCUCCAGGUCCAUAUGAAGUAAAAGAUGCAUACUGUUUGUUAAACUUGGGUGAUAGUAUUACAACGGAUCAUAUUUCACCAGGGGGGAGUAUCCAUAGAGAUAGUCCAGCUGCAAAAUAUUUAAAGGAACUUGGGGUUGAUAGGAGGGAUUUCAAUUCAUAUGGUAGUCGACGUGGAAACGAUGAGGUCAUGGUUAGGGGUACUUUUGGUAAUAUAAGACUUGUGAAUAAAUUAAUGGAAGGUGAAGUUGGACCUAAUACCAUUCAUAUUCCUAGUGGAGAGAAGCUAUCUGUGUUUGAUGCUGCCAUGAGAUACAAGAAGAAGGGGCAAGAUACAAUAGUUUUGGCUGGUGCUGAGUAUGGAACUGGAAGCGCUCGAGAUUGGGCUGCAAAAGGUCCAAAGUUGAUGGGUGUUAAAGCAGUAAUAGCUAAAAGCUUUGAAAGGAUUCAUCGCAGUAAUCUAGCUGGCAUGGGAAUAAUUCCACUUUGUUUCCAGCCUGGCGAGGAUGCAGAGACUCUAGAGUUGACCGGACAUGAGCGCUACACCAUUGACCUCCCGAAUGACAUCAGCAAGAUUACACCCGGCCAAAAUAUCAUAGUCAAAACAAACAAUGGGAAAUUAUUUAAAUGUAAACUAAGGUUUGACACAGAGGUGGAACUGGCUUACUUUGAUCAUGGUGACAUUUUGCAAUUUGUUAUUAGGAGCUUCAUUACUUCAAAAAAUGGCAAUGUGCAUGCAAGUAGUUAGUAGUUACGACCAUAUAUAUUAUAUAGUAACAAAAAUACAUAAAACCCGAAUAUGGAAAUGUUUAUAUUUAUUUUGCAGUUUGUAGAAUUGAAUCAAGAUAUGUAAAAGAAAGGGGGUUUUGGUCCA